AUGGCACCUAAAAUCUUUCUCACCGGCGCAACUGGCUAUAUUGGAGGCGACACCCUCUUUGCACUGUACAACAAGCACUCUGAUUACGAGAUUGCGGCUCUUGUGCGGACAGAGGAGAAAGCCAAGUCUGUCACCGAGGCUUUUCCCAAGGUGCGGAUCGUUAUUGGUGGUUUGGACGACUCCAAGAUCCUGGAAGAUGAGGCAGCAAAGGCAGAUGUAGUAAUUCACACUGCGGAUGCAUCUGACCACGAAGGCGCCGCGAAAGCGAUCGCAAAGGGUCUAGCAUCUGGCCACUCCAAGGAAAAGCCUGGAUUCUGGUUGCACACUGGUGGCACUGGUAUCUUGUGCUGGGAGACUAUGCGAGACGACAACAAGUUGGGCGAAUGGUCGGAACGUGAAUACAACGACUGGACAGCCGUGCAAGACUUGACUGGAUUGCCAAAGGAUGCUUUCCACAAGAAUGUCGACGACCUUGUGCUGGCAGCUGGAUCUGAGUCGGUCAAAACAGCUAUCCUCUGCCCACCGACCAUCUACGGGCGUGGACGAGGCCCGCUGAACACUAGAAGCAGACAGGCAUACGAACUUGCACACUUGAUCUUGACUGGUCAAUAUAUUCCCAUCAUCGGCCAAGGGAAAGCGCGUUGGAACAACGUCCACGUCUCAGACCUUGCCCAACUCUUCGUUCUGCUGACCGAAGCCGCCGUGAAUAACAACACCGACUCCAAGCUCUGGAACGAACAGGGAUACUAUCUCGUAGAGAACGGCGAGCAUCUAUGGGCAGAUCUUGCACGCCUCAUGGGUAAGAAGGCAACGGAGCUAGGUCUCGUCGACAAGAAAGAGUUGAAAGAGGAAAAGCUUGGCAAGGACAAGGCGAUUGAGCAGGCAGGUUUCGAAGCUGUAAGCUGGGGUUUCAACAGCCGCGGUAAGGCGGAGAGGGCGAAGAAGUUAGUAGGAUGGCAGCCGAAAGGACCAAGCAUUGAAGAUAAUGUUGAGGAGAUAUUGAACGACGAGAAGAGUAGGCUAGAAAAGAAGUAG